AUGCAGCUCGUCCUUGCGCUCGCCGCCGCUGCUUCCAGCCUCUUUGGUGGUGCUCUCGCCGCACCCGCCCUUGAGCCUCGCGCUACGACCAAAUACGUCUUCGCGCAUCACAUCGUCGGCAACACUGCACCCUACACGCAGGCUACCUGGGCGGCCGACAUCGCGCUCGCUCAGGCCAACGGUAUCGACGGUUUUGCUCUGAACGUCGGCUCGGAUAGCUGGGAGAUCACGCAGGUCGCUAGCGCCUAUGCCGCCGCCGCUGCCGCGGGGACGGGCUUCAAGCUCUUCUUGUCGCUUGAUAUGUCUGCCAAUGCGUGCGCAGCCCUCUCUGAUGGUGCGCCCCUUCGCGCAUGGGUCACCACCUACUACAAUCACCCCAACCAGUUCAUCUAUAAUGGCAAGGUGUACCUAAGCACCUUCGCUGGCGAGACCUGCACCUUUGGCCAGGGCAGCGUCGUCCAGGGCUGGACAUCGGCCGUCACAUCCCAACUCACCGGAUCCCAAGCAGUCUACUUCGUCCCCUUCUUCUCCGUCGACCCUGCCACGUUCUCUUCCUACUCUAGCCUCAUCAGUGGCGCGAUGAACUGGAACGCCGGAUGGCCGAUCUCGCUCACUGCCAGCAACUAUGCUAGCCUUGCUGGUACGGUAUCGAACAUUGAUGGGACGACUACGGAUAGCCAGUACUUGAGCGGGCUGUCCAGCUUUGGCGGGAGCUACCUGCCGACGGUUUCUCCCUGGUUCUACACGCACUACAGCCCCAGCACGUACAACAAGAACUGGAUCUAUUACGCGGAUAACUGGAUGUACGCUGCUCGCUGGGAGAAGCUUGUAGCUGAGCGCAACAGCUUUGACGUCGUGGAGAUCGUCAGCUGGAACGACUACGGGGAGAGCCACUACAUCGGCCCGGUAGAGGGUGCUCUCCCGUUGAACGCAGGCGACUGGGUGAACAACUUCCCGCAUACAGCUUGGCUGACCUUGACGAACUACUACGCGACCGCAUUCAAGACGGGCAGCUACGCCACGCCCACGACAGACAAGAUCAUCCUCUGGGUCCGCCCCCAUCCUGCCAGCGCAACAGCGACAUCGGACUCCGUCGGCAAGCCGACGAACUAUCAGAUGGACUCUGAUACAGUCUGGGUCGUCGUUCUCGCGACCUCCCAGGCCACAGUCACGCUCACGACUGGCACGACGCAGACGACGACCGUGAAUGCCGGUCUCACGAAGCUCUCUAUCCCCAUCACCGCAGGCAACGGCGUGAAGGCUACCUUAUCGCGCGGAACGACUACCGUGGCUACCGUCCAGCCAAGCUUCACAUUCACCGCCUCCCCUACGUUGUACAACUAUAACGUUCUCGUCGCUUCCAACUAG